UAUUAACGCCGUCAUCAAAAAAUUUUCGGUUGACUCGGAAUUAAUUGCUUGUGAAAAGAUAAAUUUAAUUAUUUUUUUCUUUAAUUUAAAUUUCAAUUUUGUUGUUCUUUGUCAGUUUAUGAAUUAUAAAUGAAAGUAUUAGAGAAAAUACAAGUGCAAAUUCUCGAGGAAAACGCUUGCCAUAAGAAUUCAAUCCAGUUAGAGGCGUACGUGAUAUAAACAAUAUACACCAUGGUGGAUACCAAAUGCAAUUUUCUUAACAGUAAAUAUAAAAAGUCAGAAUGUAGUGCAUCCAAUACGGAUGUUCUCAAUGAGGACGAAAGUUUACUUAGACAACCACUUCGCACAUCAUGUACAGGUUUUUGGGAAGCAAAAAAGGCUUACGAAAACGGUACAGAAGAGGUACGACGUCUACUGAUACAAGAAUGCUCUCUCAUCUACGAGUGCAAUAUGUGUCGCAAUAUGUUUCGUAGUUUGGCAAAUUUUAUUAGUCACAAACGCAGCUAUUGCAAAUUGACUUCGAAAGAUAAUUUCCACUCCUUUACGGAUCGAAAUUCCAGUGUGCUCAUUCAAACAGUUGAACGUUCGGAACCAUGGCUAGUUAAAAGCCGCAGCACAGGUUCAUCACCAAUUCCAAGCUCUAAAACUUCAAAUCGUGAUUUGAGUACAGUAAUUGAACGUUUGAAGCGUGUAGAGGUCUCUCCUGAAUGCAGUAAAAAUAACAUUUUAUCAAUGGAACACAUAAUAAAUCCAUCACCGCCAGAGCCUAAAGCUCCCGAUCCAGUCUUAGAACUGGAACGUGUGUCGACAACAGCUCACGCAGUAUAUCAGACUUUAAAAAUGCAGAAUGAUUCUGAUAGUAUCAAAACAGAAUUAGAUGAAGUACACAACCUUUUAUCAAAUCAAAAGACUAUGAUCGGCUCCGAUGGCAAAGUUAUAAUUAGUCCAACUUUAAUAACUUAUACUGCAAAAAGCGGAAAUGAUAGCAAUGGACUAAAUGAAAUUAAUUACAAAGUCACAACAGUAUUGGGAGGUAUUUCUUGCGAAAUAUGCAAAAUGACCUUUCAGACGGAGAAGACACUAAAAAUCCACGUCCAAAAGAAGCAUACAUCGUCAACUUAUGUAUUUCAGUGUCCGACAUGCUCAAUGACAUUUUUACAACCCGCUGCUGUUAUACGUCAUUUGGCCAAUGAACACAAAAAACCAAUGCGAAGAAUACGCAAAAUGCGCGAUACUAUUCUUAAGAAACGUAUUCAAAUUGGAGAUGUUCAAGUGAAAGGACCAAGUCGUGAAGUGAAACGUCUUAAGAUAAAUAAUACCAAAGACAAUGAUGUAUCUAAUAUACUAAAUCAACAAAAUGGAAAAACUGUCACAUCAUGUUUGUAUUGUUUGAAGAAAUUCGAGAGAAGAGCUGCAUUGACAACUCAUCUUUCAAACUGUUUAGCUCGGAAGACAUCAUUAAAUAAGGCAGAAAUAUCAAAGAAACUCAAUCCUUUAGAUGGACAAAUCAAUAAAGAAAAACUACAAAAAGAAGAAAUCUCAAAUCAACUUUUAGAAUCUAAUAAUCAAAAUGAUAAAACCAUGAGUGAAGGACAAACCGAAGCUAAAGUUAACAUAAACAUUAAACAAGAGCCUCUGGUAAAUGAAAACUCGUCUGUCAAUGCAACAAAUAUAAAUGAAUUAUUUGAAAAUUUGGAGAAUCAAACAUUUGGCAAUGGUCUACGUACUGUUUCUUUGGAAAAGUUGGAAAUGCUGGUAGAUGCGAAAUGUAACGAUAACACAAAUCCAGAAGAAUGUAUUAAUGGUUCUUACCAAGCUCUUUGCUCUUACAGCGAACAAAAUAAUGAAAAAUCAGUGAAGACAAAUAAAGCUAUCAAUAGUGGAAAUGUUAUAAAAAAGGAGAAAACAAAACGUUUUCGCAUUAUAUCAGCUUCAAAGCAAUUAACUUGUCGUUGCAAAAUAUGCAAUAAACAAUUUAAUGCCCUGAGUAAUCUUAGACGACACAUCUCAAUGUUUCACUACAGAUCGAGGCGAUUUGGCUGCAGUUUAUGCGACUAUCGUGCCUUUAGACGUUAUGAUAUAGUAAAUCAUUUGACGUUUGUUCAUAAAAUGACAGAAGAGCGCGAAACUAUGGCUGUGGAAUAUGUAACGGUUCAUGAGAUAAAAUAUUCAAAAGACGACGUUGAGGGUGAUAUUGUCUUAGUUAAUGAUGAGGCUACUGCAUCUGAGCAGAAUAAAAUACAAGAUCAGGGACAAGUAGUACCUCACGAAAAUGCCGUAAGGACAUACGUAAAGCGGGAAAAACGUAAGAACAUUUAUUUACAGCCAAACAAAGUUCUAGUACAGCCAAACAAAGUAGAUUCCAUUGUAACCAAAGAUGUAUCUCACGUAAAAGUAGUUCGCAGACGAAUGAAAAAAUGUCAGGACCAACAAGUUGAGGGUAAAAAGAGACCCAUUCGAAAUCGCAUAAAAACUGUCAACAAGGACUUUGUAUAUGAUCUCCUCACAGUUAAAGAAGAGCCUAAACAACCGCCACGUGUAGCUUUCAAGCGUCGUAAUACGAUGUGUAUCGAUCAAAACAACACAGCAAAUGUUCACCUUACACCACCUCCCAUAAAAGUAACACCAUACAGAUUGAGAACUGAGCCAUUAAUACCGUUAGAUAAAAGUGCUGUAAAAGGUGUUGCAGCCAGUGUAUGUCGUAAUGUAAUCCAUGAGGGUCUAGCUGCUUCCUCAACUUUGCCCGAAUUGCCAGCGGAGCGACCACAAAUGCGUCCUCGCCUCAUAUCAUCUUCACGUAGUGACUCUAAUAGUGUACCCAUUAUUGAAACAACUGAACUGGAAGCCGCUCGUUUAAAAUCCACAUUAUUUGAUGACUCUUUUUUAGAAAAGUUUGCAAAGAAAUCAAACCCCUCGUUUAGAAUGAAGCCAUUGUUGGCACAACAACAUAGUCCACUCAACUCAAUACUUCAAAAGUUCGAUGCAUCUCAACAAAAUAUUAUGCAAAGAACAGAUAAUAUAAAUUUCCUUAAGCCGACGGAAAAGACCAACAUCUCUCCACCAAAUUUCACUCUAUGUUCACUGCAAUCUUUAACGCAAACAACUCUGAAAGAAAGAGAUGUAACACCAAAUGGAAAACAAGUUAUGGAAACAUCUUCGCCACCUGCCACUCCAAAAAAACGUAUUACUCUAAUGCAACGUCUUGCAGAAAACAGAGCCAAACGAAGAGACAGUGUCAUUCGUACCGCUUUAGAAAAUUAAUUUUAAGUUUUUAGUUAAGCCAAUAAGUGACAUUCUGGGUUUUUAAAAAACUUUAUUUAAUUCCAUUAACAAAUAUUCAUAACCAUUUGAUACAAUUUCCAAUACAGGAAAUCAGUACAUAUAAAAACACUCCUUUAAAUACUAUCUAAUAUGUUAGGAAAGACUGAACGUCUUUCUGUUGUAUUAUUUUAAAAAUAAAUUGUAUUUGCAUUAAGCUAAA